AUGACCCGAAAAAGCAGACGCCAUACCUCGUCAACUCGCCAGAACAACCGCCGCGAGGCGGAUCUGUUCGCUGGUUUUCGUAGCCGCGAUCUCUCGCUAUGUCAAUAUUCAAACACACCGACCAAAGCUGUUCAGCUGCAACUGGUCCAGCCUUAAGCGUGUACUUGAUCUCAUUCUACGACUUGCACGCGAGGAUGGCGCAGAGUCAAGAAGCCGAAUCAAUGGCUGGAUCGCCGAGCAGGUGGGCAACACUUCGUACUUCUCGGAUUGAUUCUCCGGAUUCGAAAAAGCUACUGAAUACUUGCCUUAUCCGCGUGCAAGCCGACUCAAUCAUCAUUAAAGAGAUGAAGCGAACCAAGUCCGCCUUCGUCGCUAGCCAUGAUUUGGCUCCCGAAGUCCUUGCAUCCGAUCACAUCGACGCACGGCUCGAUGCAAUCGCCGAAGACAACCCUUUUAUCAGCGGACGGAUUCGUAACUUGCUAUCACAAUGCGGAGACCCACCACCGGCUUAG